AUUUGGCGGGGGUGGUGUGGGCGGUUGACUGGCGGCUCGCGGCCGCCCCUCCAUUCCCAUGCCCUCUUACCUGGGGAGGGUGGAGCCGCAGCUGUGCCCCGUCCCACCUGUCCAGGGGCACUGUGUGAGUCCAGCACGGUCCCCUCGGUCUGACGCUACGCCUUCCCUUUUUAUCAUUUUCACUGCAACCCAACUCAUACUUUAAAGUGAUCCGUUUUACAGGUAUUGGUCUCCAAAAGUCUUCUGUAAGUCAAAUGAGCAGGUGCUAAUGGAACAACCAACACUUGGCAAAUGCCCUAUAGACCGUGACCCAAUGUGCAGCCCACCCAGAUCUAUCCAUCAAUACAGAAUCCCUGAACACUUUGACAUACCCUCUUCUAGCUGUAAUGUGAACAAUCUUCAUCUCCCAGAAGUGUGUGGCAGCUGCAACCUUUGAUAGAAUUUCUUGGCCUGAAAAAUAGCAUAUUGAUAAUCAAGACUCUCCCUGAGCCCCUUGCAAGAGAUUGCACCCAGAGCAACAACAUGGGCGAGAAACUUGCUUCCCUCUGGUACUUUGGAGGACUGGCUUCUGCUGGAGCCACUUGUGUGACCCAUCCACUGGAUCUGAUCAAGGUCCAUCUUCAGACUCAGCACAGAGGAAGUAUUGGCGUUGCUGGCACAGCAGUGAGAGUGAUUAGUGUCCAUGGCUUUAUGGCACUUUACAAUGGGCUCUCUGCCUCACUCUGUAGACAGCUGAUGUAUUCUGCAACUCGCUUUGCCAUCUAUGACUCAUUGCGGAACCGUGCAAUACACGACCAGAAGAAAUACCUGCUUUUCUAUGAGAAGGUGUAUAUGGCAGCCAUUGGAGGUUUUGUUGGUGGGUUUCUGGGGAGCCCAGCAGACAUGGUGAAUGUUAGGAUGCAGAAUGAUGUGAAGGUUCCAGUGCACCUGAGGAGGAAUUAUUCCCAUGUGCUGAACGGGAUGACUCGUGUAAUUCAGGAAGAGGGGUUUUUGACGUUAUUCUCUGGUGUUACCAUGGCAUCAGUUCGAGGGGCUUUGAUGACGGUGGGACAGGCAUCCUGCUACUACCAAAUCAAGGAACUGGUGCUCACCUUGACUUCCUUCUCAGAUGGUCUCAGAAUCCACAUAAUAGCCAGCUUCAUUGCUGGUUUAUGUGCCACCAUUCUAUGUCAGCCGUUGGAUGUGAUCAAGACUCGAAUGAUGAGUGCCCAGGAUUAUGAUGGUAUCAUUCAUUGUGUAUCAAAGACAGCCAAAUUGGGACCUCUGGCUUUUUACAAGGGUACGGUCCCUGCUGCUAUCCGCCUGAUACCACAUACCAUUUUAACCUUUGUUUUCUUGGAGCAACUUAGAAUAAACUUUGGAAUCCCAGUGGAAAGUGACUUGGGUCAAGACUGAGGUCCAACAGAACCUUUGGACUUGAGUUUUCCAAAUAUUCCAUCAAAAAGACGAGGAACAAAAGUGUUCCCCAGAUACCUCUGACUUUGCCAUUUCAGGGUCAUUGACCUGGCAUGAUUUCCCAUGCCUUGGCUUAUGAACUUCGUUGGUAUACAAGUACACUGUUAUAGCCUUUUAGGGGAAUCAGUGGUGUCCACUGAUCCUUCUCCCCUUCUCCCCACCCUUACCUACUUACUUUGGUGCCAUGGUCUACUCAGGUGAGCCGUUUUCUUUGUGGCCUUUAUAGCCUCAGCUCCUUGUAACCUGGGGUGGCUGUGAUGUAGACCUGAGAGUAAUAUCACAUUCUGGUGUGAGAAGGUUGAUUUCUGAGGUUCCAGGAUCAAUCACAGAGAUAUGUUGGUUCUCAGCAAUAUGGUCUGCCCUGGGUACCUGUGAGGUGGUGUGGUCUUAACUUGCCCUUCUUAAUGCAUUUUAGACAGAUACCUUCCCCCCAUCCACCCCAUCUUCAGCUUGGGUCUCUGCUGCCCUCAGAGUCUGUGAAGACUGAAUCUUGGCUGUGAUAAUUGGUUCCAUCACAGCCACAGCAUAUCCAGAGCUGCCUUGGACCUGGAGGCAAACUGUGUGUAUGUAUUUGGAGUGAUGAUACAUGGGGGGGGUGGGGGUGUGUGCACAAAACUUACAAUUGUUUGCAUUUUAAAUGCUCAUCUCUGACAUUUGAACCAUUUCAUUCUGUCUAUUCAAACACUAAAUAUAUUUUUCCUCAGGUCUUU